AUGUCGAGUCCACCAGCAGCAAAUGUACGCAACGGUUUUUUGUCUGUGAGUUCUGCAGAUGGCGCGAAUUCGCCUUCUGCACGUCGCCGCUCGGCUUCGGUCACUCCGUCGGUCGGAUCCAGCAGAUCGCGAAUCACACUCGUCGAAGAAAACCCCGAGCUAGCCAGCUAUUAUGGCCCAGACACCGACGAACCCUAUAACAAAACCACGACAAAAGUCUACGCCCCGAGGUAUACUUGGUUCGAGCACCUACUUGGACUGUUCUGCAUCAACGUGGCAGCGCGGAAGGAGCCCAUCGUGAGAAUUGAGGAGCCUGAGAACAAGAAGAUGUCUGUAGACGAAACCGACUCACCCUGGAUUCUGCCGGUGUACGUGUUGUCCAGCAGAAAGGAUAGCAAUAAGCAGCAGGUCCCCAAGGAAGGAAAAUGUACCAUCGAUACUGGCAACCACCAAGGGAAUAUCGUGUCUCGGGAAUUCGUCCUCAACGUCCUCCAGCUGCCCGAAGCAACCUUUAAGCAGCUGACCAAAGAGGAAGAGAAAGGCGCCAUCGGCAUCACUGACCACAAAUUCAUUCCAGUGGCCGCAAUUUACCUGACGUGGUAUCACAAGAAGAGCACACGGGUUUUCCGUGACAUGCGGUUCCUCAUAUCCCCAUAUCAGCACUAUGAUCUUAUCAUUGGUGCCCGUUCCAUUCGAGAGCACCAGUUACUCGAUGUGCCGAACUUGAUGGCCAGGGGCCCUGGCAAUAUUGGAAGAUCAGCAGUCAACCAGGGCAAGCCAGAAGGUGUGACAGAUUCCAUGUUUACUGGUCACUCCGUGAAAACGGAGCUCAAGAAACAGGUGCACAACGCCGACGAGCGGGUCAACGAUUUGCAAGAACAAAAGAAUCAGGAGGUCAGAGACGGGGAGGACACUACAAAAACCGAAAGUGAUCUGGCCGCGGCUAAGAAGUCAUUAACUGCCGCGAGAAAGGCCCUGACCGAUUACGACGCCAGUGUCAAUUCGCAGAAUCUCCAAAAAGCAUCAACGGCGAAGAACAACGUGCCUGCAACCGACGAAAGCUCUCACUCGACCGGGAGCGACAGUAAAGCAGCGAACAUCAAGCCAAAAAAUCAGGGCAGCUGGGGCCUUCGGUCUCGAGGAUCUCAGGCUCAGGCGCAAACCGUUCGGUAA